GUUCUCUUUCUACCAUUAGAUUUCAACCAUGGGGCGCCGACCAGCGCGUUGUUACAGAUACUGUAAGAACAAGCCUUACCCCAAGUCCAGGUUCUGUCGUGGUGUGCCCGACCCCAAGAUCAGGAUCUUCGACCUGGGCAGGAAGAAGGCCAAGGUGGACGAGUUCCCGCUAUGCGGUCACAUGGUGUCUGACGAGUACGAGCAGCUGUCCUCCGAAGCCCUGGAGGCCGCUCGUAUUUGCGCCAACAAGUACAUGGUGAAGACGUGCGGGAAGGACGGCUUCCACAUCCGCGUGCGGCUGCACCCCUUCCACGUCAUCCGCAUCAACAAGAUGUUGUCCUGCGCUGGGGCUGAUAGGCUCCAGACGGGGAUGCGCGGCGCUUUCGGGAAGCCCCAGGGCACCGUGGCGCGCGUCCACAUCGGCCAGGUGAUCAUGUCCGUGCGCACCAAGGCCCAGAACAAGGAGCACGUGGUGGAGGCUCUGCGCCGAGCCAAGUUCAAGUUCCCCGGCCGUCAGAAGAUCCACAUCUCCAAGAAGUACGGCUUCACCAAGUUCAACGCCACCGACUUCGACGACAUGAUGCAGGAGAAGCGGCUGAUCCCGGACGGCUGCGGGGUGAAGUACAUCCCCAACCGUGGGCCGCUGGCCCGCUGGAGGGCCCUGCACGCUGCAUAGGCUCUGCUGUAACCAGGGCAACGUUUAAUAAACGUUUCAGUAAUAAACC